CUCUCUUCCAGUCCCGUCGAGAGAAAAGACAGCAAUCAUGGAACGUACCACCAAGGGCUGGAAACUAACCACGGACAACCGUCUCGGCACGAAUGGGCUCCUGCAGGUCUACAAGGUCGACUCCAAGACGGUCGUCAAACUGACCGACCCCCCUCGCCUGGCCGAAGCCGAGGCCCUGCGCUUCGUGCGCAAAUGGACCUCCCUCCCCGUCCCGGAGGUCUACGAGGCCUACGUCGAUGAGACACUCAACCGCGGCGUGCUGGUCAUGGAAUACUGCGAAGGCGACGUGCUGAGGGAUGUCUGGGACGACCUCGCAGAGGAAGUCAAGACGGGCAUCAUCUCCCAACUGCGCGACUAUCUGGACGAAUUACGGUCCAUUGGAUCCGAGUUCGUCGGUUCUGUCGACGGCAGCCCCUGCGAGGACCCCAUCUUCUCCGCCGAGCUGGGAGGCUUCGGACCGUAUGACAACGAGGAGGAGUUCCACCGCGGCAUCAUUCGGGCUCUUGACCUGGCCGAAGACGGUCCCUGGGCCCGCCAGGCGGCCGGGUUUGUGUCCGCUCUCCCAUCCCAUGAGCUGGUACUGACCCACGCGGACCUCACCCCGCGGAACAUCAUCAUCCGGGACGGGAAGGUCGUCGGCAUCAUCGACUGGGAGAUGGCGGGUUUUUACCCGGCCUACUGGGAGUAUGUCAAGGCGUUAUACCACCCCGAUUGGACCAUGGGGUGGUUUAACGAGGCGGUGGUCAAUAAGAUCCUUACCCCUUACCCCCUGGAGCAUGCCGUCAUGAUGCAUGUCCAUCAUCUUCUCUAG